ACCGCUUGCUAGGGUGCAGCAAGCACUUGUGCAUUCCCGCCACCCUACCCCGAUUGUGGCACCCUGCACGGCUCACACCAUGAGUGUGGGACGUGCUACCCGCCACUAGUGACAACAAUCACCCUCGUCGUAGUGAUUGUUUCUGUGUUUACACAUUUUAUCUUUCCGAAUAUCAGCAGAUAACAGGUAUAGAGAGGGUAAACAACUUUAAUUACUAACUUUCUGCAUGGAUUCAAAGUUGGACUGUUUGCCCCACAUCCCUGCGCAUGCACGAGGACCUGAAACACUGCGACUGUGUUGCGUUCGUGAUAUGAACGAACAGACUUUUACCGGCAUAUGACCCCCCCGAGCGGCUUGGUGCAUGAGGCAGCAACAGCAGGAUAGUGUUGGUGAUCUGAACCACCACACACACACACACACACCCGUCCGGCGUCGUCUCCUGUCGACCACGACGCGCGACUUGAUGCAGGGUGUAGCGGCCUUCAGUAAUCCACUGGCCGUUAUAGUGAGUUCUUUAAUUCGGCAGCAAUGUGAACGUGAGUGAUCAGCAGUGAAUCAGGCUGUGAGGACAAGGGCCCGCGCGGGCUAGUCAUGGCGCCAGGCGAGGCGGCCUCUGAGGCUCUGACCGGUGACCAGGAUGUCGUGCCGGAGGAACCCGCAGGGGACAGGCGACGUCGGCUUGUCAUGCAGGUGGCGAUGGUGUCGGGGGCGAGCGUGGCCCACCUGGGGCUGGCGGUGGUGGCCGCCUGGCCCAACCCAGCUGUGCCGGACCUCCAACGACACAACACCACCAUCUACGACACCGCCAUCACCCUCACCAGCUGGCAGCUGGACAUGUUAGGUAGUAUAUUGGCCGUGGGCAACCUCCCCGGGACGUGGUUCUGGGGAUGGCUGGUGGCGACCAUCGGGAGAAAGAAGUCCAUGAUGCUGUUACUGGUGCCGUACACCUUAGCCUGGCUGCUCCUGGCUCUCGCCGUCAACCCUACCAUGAUGCUUGCUGCCAGGGUUGUCCACGGAAUUUGCGUUGGGGCGACGUUCGUAUCAGCGAGCACCUAUAUUAUCGAGCUGCCAGACACGGCCAUCCGAGGAGCCCUGGCCACCAUCCCCAGUAUAGCCCUUAGUCUGGGCUACACCCUCACCGCCGCCCUGGGUCUGGUCCUGCGCUGGUUCGAGAUAGCGUUUGUAGGUUUAGCUGUCAUCGCAUUGCACACGACAAUAAUGGUAUUCCUGCCUGAGAGUCCGUCCUUUUUAGCCAUCAAGGGACAGAGGAUAAAGGCUAAGAAAAUCUUGCUGAAACUUCGAGGUCCGAGCGCCAACGUAGACGAAGAACUGCAAAAUCUCUGCGAUGAAAACAAAGAUACUGCGAAAGAACCUUUCAUCAAAGUCCUUCAGGAUUCUUACAUUUUAAAGUCACUUGGAAUUGUGAUUACACUGUUCUUCGUCCAGAACUUCUGCGGUCUGAUGGUGUUUUACGUGAACAUGACGCGCAUUUUCCUGGAGGCAGGGUCGACCCUGAGCGAACAUGUGGCCAGCAUCCUGGUGUUUCUGGUCCAAGCAGCGGGCACCGUCCUUGCUUGCAUCUACCUGGACCGCUUCGGCCGCCGGGCAUGUAUGGUGGCCUCCUUAGCAGUCAUGACGUUAUGCCUGCUCGUCAUGGGAACUUAUCACCACUUUAAAGAUGCUGUUGAGACAGGAAUCGACUCAGCAACAGCGAACACAACAAUGCUCGUUGCUGAAGACAUCAUGGAAAAUUGGUCCGCCACCACGACCUCGUCCUUCAGCUGGGUGCCGCUGGCCUGCCUCAUGCUGUAUAUGUUCGCCUCCAGCUGCGGUGUCGGCCCGGUACCCUCGCUACUCAACGCCGAGUACUUCCCUACAGCAGUUCGAGCGCAGCUGUCUGGCUUAUGUAUGGUGGUGGGCAGCGUCAUCAACUUCGCUGCCCUGCAACUCUUCACACCCAUGCAGGUCGCCCUCACCUCCGCCGGCCUCUACUGGUUCUACGCAGCCGUCUCCGUCGGUGGCAUUGUGUUCACCUUCGCCUGCGUCAGAGAGACCAAGGGCAGAGCUCUCGGUUGAAGCUCAUCUCUUGGCUUAGUGCGAGGUCGAAGGAACGUUUCUCAUGACAUCUGUAACUUGUUUUUUUAAUGAGUUGAGCUUAUCUAAUAUAACUUUUUAUUGUUAUGCUAAAUGAAUCACCAGUUAAUUCUCUACGCAUCCUGAGAGUUUGGAUUGUGCAGUUUGUGCCAAAGCAUUUGCAUUUUGCCUUUUUAUUUUUAUAUAAUAUAGAAAAUGAUUAUAGCUUGUUGAACAUGAAGGCCAGCAAUAAAUGGCAAAACCUAUUUGGUGAAGAAUUAGUACUGUUUAAUAACUUCAUAAAAUGGGUAAAUAACCGCUAUCUUUACUUUGGUCAGUUAACUAAUAUUUUUCUGCUGUUAUAUAUAUAUAUGAUUGAUGUCAAGAGCCAAGUCACAUAUAUGGUUGGUGUAAAGGCCGGACAUAUGUGGUUGGAGCCAAUAUUUCAUAUAUAGGGAAGGGAAGGCAGGAGUGGAUAGGCCAAGGAAAGGCAGGAAUGGCCAGGACAGGACAAGGCGUAGUCAUAACAAGGCAAAGAAUGUUUAAGGUUAUUUCUCGUCUUCGAAAAGUCUGGAUGAAGGACAGUUAUCUAUGCAAAACCAACAACUGUCGUCAAAAUACAGUGUUUAUAUAUAUAUAGUGGAACUUCGAGUGACGAGCAACUCGUUACAAGCAUUUCGAGUAAUGAGCAAGCCACUCACAGAAAAUUUGUCUCAACUGACGAGCUUUCACUCGAUUAACGAGCGUUCCCGCUGGUUCUCGGACACCUUCGACUUGUUUCACAAGAGUUUUCCACAUGACGAGCUCAAGUGCCGUAAUGGAUUAAAUUCGUUAAAUUAACAUGUGAUGAAAAAUGUAACAGUGUCAGAUCACGAAGGAAGAAUUGAAACAGGAAUUUCCUUAAGUUAAGUACUUUCGUAUUUAAUAAUACAGCUUCAGAAGGAUACUCAUCCUUCUGAUGAUGUAUUAUUAAAUACGAAAGUACUUAAGGAAAUUCCUGUUUCAAUUCUUCCUUCGUGAUCUGACUCACAUUUUUCUUCACAUGUUAAUUUUCGUGAUUUACACACACACAUAUAUAUAUACUGUAUAUAUAUCGAUCUAUGCUGCACGUUGGGCCUUGACUUACACCAAGAACAAUGAACAGGGAUAUAGAUUCGAUCCCAUUGUAUGACCUUAAUAUUUUCAUUAAUACUGUAAAUCACGUUCUUAUGACUUAACUGAUUGCUGUAAAGAAAACCUGAAUAGUUGACAAUAACAUGGAGAAAGACUGCUAUGACUAUUGCUGUUAACAAAUAAAGUUUACCCAGG